CAGGUCACGCAGAGCCACCUUUGUCCAGGACCCAAAGCAGCGGCUCAUUCCCGAGUUCCUCCAUAACUUCUGUCCUUCAGCUUUUUCUCAAGCAUGCAGUGACCACUGGUGGCUUCCUGCCUCAGGGACCAGGAGAGAAUGCUCCAAUGGAGAGCUUCCAGAAAUCCAUUUUACUCCCCCUCAUCCUGACUGCCUUGCUGCCAGGUCUGGCCUUUUGCUACUCCAUCACAAAAGGUCCCUCCAACACCACGGUCCUGGCGGGCUCCGAGGCGCGCUUCAACUGCACGGUGUCAGCGGGGUGGAAGGUUCUGAUCUGGCUGUCCAAGGGCAGCCCUGUCCUCACUGUCACCAGCUCCCAGGGCUCCGUGGAGACCACAGACCGCUUCACCUCCCGCAAUUACACCAGUGGGGACGAGUUCACCUCGGAGCUGAUCAUCCACAACACCCAGCUGAGCGAUACAGGCAGGAUCGAGUGCAGCAUCCAGCAGCCCAGCGAGAACAACUUCGCCUUUCUCUUUGUUCAAGUUAAUGGAUCUUUACUCAUCAAAAAUAGCACCUUAACAGUAAAAGAGAACCAAACAGUUGAGAUUGUUUGCGAAGCCUUAGGAUGGGCUCCGGCUCCAGACAUUUCCUGGAUGACAAACGACUCUGUCAUUGAUAAGUCGAGCUAUGUCAACCAGCAGAGCCCAGGAUCUAAUGGCCUCCACAAUGCCCUGAGCACCUUAACUCUGACUCCGACGGACUCUGAGGUUUUGACUUGUUUAGCUGACAUAGAAGCACUCCCCAGCCCUCAGAAUGCAUCUGUAACUCUUAUUUUUGACAACUCUGCGGCGGAAAAUGAGUACAGUGAAGACAACAGGAGCACGUGGGUUAUUGUAGUUGCAGUUGUGCUUUCAUUUCUUGGUAUUGUUCUGCUGAUCGUUGUUAUUGUGGUUGCUGUGCGCUGCUGCCUAAAGAGGAGAGGAUCCAACUAUCAAAACGAAAUAAGRAAAGUUUCAGCUGAGAAGAAAAAAGACGGCGAAUUGGAUGACAGGCAGAGGAGUGGCAGUGAAAAUCUGGGAUACAUUCCAGAGGAAUUGUGGAACACAGAACAAAGCCCAAGACUUGUCUCUCUUCCUCCCAAGGUGUCAAAGAUUUCUGGCCCUGUUGACAAUUUGCACAUCAGUUCUGUACCAAAGGUGCGACCUCAAAGACGUACUGAUUACCCGAUCAGCCCAAAGAAAAUUAGGAAUGUGACACUCGUGUAGGAUGUGCUUCUCCAAGAYAUUUCUCCAUCAGUUGCAUUUUUACAGGUUUGGAUGCCUUCCUGCARCAGAGAAAAGUUAAAACCAGUUCUCUCAGUU